UGAUAAAAGUGGACCGCUAAAAAACAUCAUGUGUGCCCCAUAUUGCCCCUAUAAACCAAUCAGAUUAUUAGAUUGAGGAAGCUUUUCCAUUUAGAUGUGUAAUAUGCAUCAGACAGUCAGUGAAUGAACUGUGUGUGAUCUGUGACGUGCGUCUGAGACUGACAUUAAUACACUAAAUUCAUUUGCAUGUUUUUACUUACUAAUUUGGACGUACUGCGGGAGAAUAUGGUUCCUGUAUUACUUUUGCUGCAUUUAUGCUUGUGGCAUUUUGAGGGUGUGUUUGGUGUUGAUCCAGAUAAAGUGAAGUCAGUGUCAGUGAUGGAGGGAGAUUCUGUCACUUUACACACUGAUGAUACUGAAAUACUGAGAGAUGAUGAUGUUUUACACUGGAUGUUUGGAGCUCAGAAUCCAGAUACUGUUAUAGCACAAAUCAACAGACCAGCAAAUAUAACCUCAAUAAUGGACGAACAGUUGAGAUUCAGACUGCAGCUGAACGAUCAGACUGGAGAUCUCACCAUCACAAACAUCACAACCGCACACACUGGACUUUAUAAAGUACAGAUCAGCAGAAACACAAUAUCAUUUAAUAUAUUCAAUGUGACUGUUUAUGCUCGUCUGCCGGUUCCUGUGAUCAUCAGAGACUCUUCUCAAUGUUCUUCAAGCUCUAAAUGUGUGUUGGUGUGUUCAGUGGUGAAUGUGACACAGGUGACUCUCUCCUGGUACAAAGGAAACAGUUUAUUGUCCUCCAUCAGUGUGUCUGAUCUCAACAGAAGUCUCGCUCUACAUCUGGAGUGUGUCGAUGAUUCUUACAGCUGUGUGAUCAACAAUCCCAUCAGAAACCAGACUAAACAUCUCGACAUUACUGAAGUCUGUCAGCCGUGUUCAGGUGAUUGUGUUCACUGUUGUGCUUUCACUGAAGCUGUGAUCCGAUUGGUCCUCUCUGCUCUGGUGGGCGUGGCUUCUGUUGCUGUACUAGUUUAUGACAUCACAUCCAGAAGAGAAGUGACAUCACCAUCAUGAAGUGGC